AUGCAAAUUAUCAAAAUAGUCGACGACGAGAGUCGAAGAGAAGUUAAAAAACUUCGUCGAUCUCAAUCGGCGCGACGCGCUCAAAUUGCACAAUCGCAACGAAGACUUUCUUUCUACAAAUCCUUUAGCAGCAAAUUAAUACUUGUACUGAUGUUGAAACGUUUUAUGAUUCAAAGUUUACUUACUAAUGGAUUAAUCCGAUGUCGUUUUCUUUUACUGGAUAAACAAAUUCCAUUAAUCAUUAAAACGCAACUUCAACCUCAACAACAGGUUUAA